UUAAUACUAUCAAGACUGUGGUCCAUAGUUUGAGGAGGUUUCACCAAAUAUGGACAAACAAUAUUCUAAAGGAACAAUGGUUACUAGAGACGAAGGUAGGAGCAUCGGCAAUGAAAAAUCUGAUGAUGAAUGGAGCAUCACAGUUCCUCAAGAUUCAAACUCAAAUUCUCAUGAAAAAUCUGAUGAUGAAUGCAGCAUCACAGUUCCUCAAGAUUCAAACUCAAAUUCUCAUAAAAUUAGCGGAAAUGAGAGGCAGUGGCUAUAUUCCUUGAAGAAGAGCAGAGAGUACAUUGUCUCAUCACGGAAGCCAAAAAUGCAAAUGGUCCCAAAUUUGCAUCGCAAGAUUCAAUCAAACAUAAGCUGUUAUGAGCCCCUCGUGGUUUCUAUCGGUCCAUUUCACCACGGGAAAUCCGAACUUCAACCAAUGGAGAAGUACAAGGAGGUAUUUGCAGUUGAGUUUGCUGAUCAAGAUAGUAACAAACCAACACCUAAAGGGGUCUCAUCAUGGCGUGCGACAAACUCAGCGUCCAUUGACGAGCUUUACGGAAGGGUCAAGAACAUUAUGCCUAAUGUUAGGGAGUGUUAUGCUGAGGACUCGAUCAAAAAAUACAGCUACGAGAAGUUUACACAGAUGAUGUUCCUGGAUGGAUGCUUCAUCCUCCAAUACCUUCACUGCAUUGUCACUGGCAAUUAUAAAGAGCUGAAAAUGAAGAGCCAUGAUAUAGCUUUCAUUCGUGGUGAUCUUUUCUUACUUGAAAAUCAAUUGCCAUUUGAAGUCUUGCAGGUGUUAAUGAGCUGUAAGUUCAAGAAUAAUGAAGGAAUGGGGAUGAUUAACGAUUUCAUCUCGAGUGCACAUAACAAGCCUGAUCAAGGUCACGGAUUCAUUCAAUGUAUCAAGGAUUUCUUUCGUAACUUUCUUGGAAAAAAUUGUCAAGGAGAAGGGCCUUCCCUUACCAAACAAGAAAGCGAGAAAACUCCGCUUCAUCUCCUCGAGCUAUUAAAAACACAUCUCAUAGACCCGAAGGCUUUAUCAGAAGAAUGCGAUCAACCGGGUGAGUCUUCGUGCGAUCAACCGGGUGAGUCUUGGUCGUAUCGUUCAGCCAAAGAGCUGAGGAAAGCAGGAAUCCAUUUGAGGCCGGGAAAGAGUCCUGGUCUUUUAGAUGUUAAGUUCGAUUCAUUUCUUUUCUCAUCUCUUUUAACACUUCCUCCAAUGACCGUAGAUGAUUCAACCAAGUCGGAGUUUUUAAACUUGGUUGCAUAUGAGGCAUGCCCUGAUACACCAGAUGAGUUUGGCGUUACCUCUUAUCUUUGCUUCAUAGAUUCCCUUAUUGAUCAUGCUGAAGAUGUGGAAAAGCUUAGAUCCAAAGGUAUACUUCUUAACUGUCUUGGAAGUGAUCAAGAAGUUGCAGAUCUUUUCAAUGAGAUAACAAGAGAUUUGGUGCCUAAUCCACGCGUCCUUGUUGAUGUCAAAAAACAAAUUGAGAAUCAUUACAAAAGCAGAACAAAAAUAUGGAUUGCUGAGUGGAACAACACUCAUUUUACUAACCCAUGGACUGUUUUAGCAUUUAUUGCAGCAAUAUUUGUCAUUUGUUUGCAAGUCAGUGAUACAUCUCUAGCAAGCAUCCAAGCCUAUUAUGCAGUCCAUCCCAAACAGAGCUAGUAAUGGACAAUGGUAGGUGUCAAAACCAACCAGUUCUUUUUUUUUUUUUUUUUUUGGUGUGCGUGUGUGUGUGUUUUCUGGAGGAACUCAUGAGUGUCAUGUUUGUUGAAUUCAUAAUUUCUUUUACCUUUAGUGCUAUAAUGACGAUUGAUCUUUGUACUCUUGUUUAUGUAUACGAACUAGUAGUUUGUUUUGUUCGUAAUGACUUACUUGUGUAAAUUUAUUAUUUUGAAGCACGUGAAUGGUAUUGGAUCACAUGAAUAGUAUUGUUUUUUUAUGUUUUACUGAGACCUUUAUAUGAAUAUACAA